AUGUCAUUUGGAGAAUGCACAAUUACUCUUCAAGAUGUUGGUAUGCUUGUUGGUCUUCUAGUUGACGGUGAAGCACUGUUAAGUCGAGGCAGUGCUAAUAUAUUGGAAUUAGGUGUUGUUCCACCUCAGUCAGAAAUUAAAGGACAUCGGGUUAAGUUAUCUUGGUUGGCAACAAACUUUAAUGAGAUUGCAGAUGAUAUAAAUGAGCUACAUCAGUUGCUUCCUUAUGCUAGAGCUUGGAUACUACGUUUUAUAGGAGGACUUCUUUUUCCUGAUAGAUCUUCAAGCUAUGUCUCAUUAAGGUGGUUGGCGUUCUUAGGUGACUUUCAAACUAUUAAGACAUAUGCAUGGGGUGCAGCUGUGCUUGGAUGUUUGUAUCGCAAUUUAUGCACCUCUACUGAUUACAAAACGCCAAGUUGUGGUGAGUUUACACUUUUAUUGCAGUUGUGGGCAUGGGAACGAUUCCCAACCAUUCUCUCUUCUCCAUUCCCACAUAUUCCUCCAGGCAGUCCUAUUGGUUUAAGGUGGUCCAACACAGCCACUAAAAUAAGCAUGAGCGAUGAUAUUAAAUUUUAUCGCAAAUUCUUUGAUCGUUUGACCAGAAAAUCUCCUGAUAGGGUGAUGAGGCAAUUUGGUUGCCAACAACCAAUUCCAAAUCCUCCGAUGACUCCUGCUCAUGUGCAUGCGUUGACCCUGCGGGGAAAGACCGAUGAUGAUUGGACUACAAUAUUAAGUCCAGCACUUGAGCAUUGGGCCAAUCAAUAUGCAUACCACUUUGCACCUACUCCUCCACAGGUUGGACUAUUAGGUCCAAAUUCUGAAUACAUGAGGUGGUAUCGCAGAAAAGGGAAGUUGUACAUUGAUCCUGAUGGAGUUAAAGACUCAAUUGUGGGAGACGUAACUGAAUGCUUGGCAUACUUGACAUCUCCUCAUGAUAGGCCAGACUUUUCAGUGGAAUCAGUCACAGAGCAGUCUAAUCGAUUAUUAUCGAUAUCUGAUGACUAUAGGGCUAGAUUCGUUGAGCCAGCUGAGGAAGCACCUGUUCCCUUUGGUUCAUAUGACGUUGGGACUUUCAAUGUUCCUCCACAGUCAAGGGAGGCUGCAUGGUUAUCUCGACGAAGAACGACAAUUAAGGCGAUGGAUCACAUUUACCCUACAUUGCCAGACAGAGCAGCAUGGUUAUAUUAUAUUCCUUCUUAA